AUGUCUUCAAAUUCAAUCCUUGAUAGUUACCAAUGCAUUUUUUGUAAAGAACACGACCCCAGUCUAAAAAAAGCCAAAAAUUGUAGAGUUCAAUGCUUUAAAACCCGCCAUAGAAAACAUAAUGCUAUCCAGACUUUUCAGAUCAUAUAUGUUCCUAAACAAGUCAGCAUUGUCUUGAACACUGAUUCAAACAACUCCAUUGUCAGAGAAAACAAUACAACAAACAAUGACCAAACAGUGAAUUCCUUCAAUAAUAGUGAUAAUGAUGAAUCCAUGUAUGAUAUUGAAUAUGAUAAUACCAUCGAAGAAUUAGUUGCAGUGAAAGAUACUGAAGAUGUAGCCACGCCUAUGGUAUAUGACUUCAGUCAAUCUCUUCCUACUCCCAGUUAUGAUGAUGCAAAGAAUCUCAAAUUCAUCCAAAUCAACAAAGACUAUGAUAUCUCUCACAAAGCACAUGAAAAAAUUACCAGUCAUUUCAAUGGAAUUCUUGCCACUUCUACAGAUAUAACAUAUAGAGUGUGUACAUCCGACCUUGGCAAAGAUCCACUGGAAAAAUAG